GGUGUGAUAUGUCGAUAUCGCGCGAAAGUUUGUUUUGCGAAGUCAACACUGCGUCGUAGCCUUAACAUACAGAAGUGGUUAAGCCUAGGCCUAGGACCUAAUUAAUUGUUUCUAACAAAUUGUAGCCUAGAUUUUUUUAAAGUUAGAAUUAACUGAUAUGGAUGAACAGGAUAAUGAAUACGAAAAACUAGCUUACACUCAGAGACUGAAAGCAGCUAUACAUUUUUCAGUAGGCCAGAUAUGUGAAGAAGUUUCACAGGACACUGAUGUUACAUUUACGAAGCAAGUUAUAGCAGCUUUUGCAGAAGCAACUUUUCGUCAGUGUGAAACUGUUGCAGUGGAUUUGGAGUUGUUUGCAAAGCAUGGUAAGAGGUCAGUGAUAAAUAAUGAAGACGUUAAGUUGUUGGCAAGGAGAAGUGAUGCUUUAGCUAACCAUAUAAAAGCAAUGAGUGACAAGCUAACAGCCGCCAAUGCAGCAGAAAAGGAAGAAAAAGGGAAGCGGAAUCGCAAGAAAAAAUCCACAGUUGUGAUAGAUGAUGAGUAGAUAAAUAAAUUGAGACACUAUUUCUAAUGUAACAAUGUGAAAUGCUUAGGGACUUUGUUGGUAUGAUUGAAGCACUGUGCCUAACAUAUUAAUAUUAUUGUAAUUAGUCCUAUGCACAAUACACUGUGUAUUUUGAAUAAUUUCCUAAUAAUGAAACGAUUAGCAUCUUAGCCUUUAAGUGUUAUCCUUUGUUAUGACAAUUUCGGUAAUAAUAUUUUUUCCUCAUGAAUAUUGCCUGGCUUGGGGUAAAGUAGUCUAAAGGUACUCAAAAAACUGCAUUAUAUUAAAUCCAAUUCAGCUCAGAGUUUCUACCUAAAUGCUAGGCACUGUGUGACGUUAACAAAAUAUUUUUUUUAUUGCUGCCUUUUACUAAAAAUCUUUAUUUUAGAUAACCUGUUCAGUAGACAUCUCUACUUCUCAUAAUGAAGUUUAUUUCAUUUAUUUCGUCACUUGAACAUGAAAUACAAUAUGCAGGACAAUUAAAAAUGUUUUCAGAAGGUGGACUGGAUUGCCAAUAGCAAAUGUAAUCACUUUAAAUGUGGCUCUCCAAACCCAUUCAAUAAAAUACAAAUUAUUAGGUCACAUGUACAUAAAAUUUAUAUACUGUACUGCAAUAAAUUACCAUAAAAUAUUUAGGGAGCAAUAACAAGGGAAGUGGAGUUGUUUCCUAAGGGAGUGGAGUUAUUUCCUGUCAAGCAUUUUAUCAAGCUCUUCAACUCCACUUUAACAAAUUAGGUAUUGGGAAAAAUGAUAUGAAGAGAAAAAAAUAAGUUUCCUGAAAUGACUUGGUCAAAUAAAAAUGAAAACAUAUUUCCUCUCCAGGCUUUUUUUACUUCAUUUGUAUGAAUUGCCCAUAGCAGUAGCGGAUCGAGGAAUCCGAAAUAGAGGGGAUCCAGGGAGGGAGUUUUACAAAUGCAGGGUAAGAACACCUCAGGUUGAUGGUUUUUUUUUAUUUAUGAUUAUAGCACCAUUGGCCCCAUUACUGCAUGUGCCUUAUAAAAUUAGUCAUUAUUUUAAAUAACAUAGUCUGUUUCAUUGGUUUGAAACAUACAGUAUAGUUGUAUAUCUGGUAAAGAUAACUGUACUUUAUAGUCAUUACAGUUAUGAUUUACAAUAGGUCUGUUAUAAUGUAGAUUAAUUUUAAUUUUUGUAUUACUGUAUGUUCUUAAAUGAAAGGUCCUACGCUUUGUGGCUUUUUCCUUUUGAGUGCAAGUAGGCCUGAGAUAAUCCUGGUAAUUUUAAGAUAGACAUACCUGUCAUUUAAGACAAUGAUGGUGUUAUGAUUUUUACUUUAUCAUUUGAAUUAUGUUUGACCCCGAAGGCUGCAAUUGCCAGACAAUGAUUGUACAGUGUGAUACUGUACAUUCAACUUUAUUUAGGCAUACAUAGACUUGCCACAGUCUCUUAUUUUUUAUUAUUUUUCUCAUUCUGGACAGCGCCACCAAUGAGAAAGUUAAUUUUGACGCCAAUUAAAUUAGGUAUGGCGCGCACUAA